AUGUCUAAGGGAAGUUUUAACAAUAUGAAGCCUUUUGAGCUCAAGAACUGGAGGUGCCAAGCUUGUCUCUGUAAGCUACUAAAAACUAACAAUACAGAAACACCUGUGCGGCAGAGUAACAAAGAUAUAGCCACAACAUCGGUAGAUUCCUGUAACAUAACCAUUAGGAGAACACAAACCAACACUAAAAAUGUCACGGUAGAAUCUGAUGAUCUGAACUUAACAGUGAGCGACUUCUGA